AUGGAGGCUCGCCAGUCCGCCAGAUUUGCCAGCGGCUUCAAGCCGCACCUCGAACGCAACCAAACGCGAAGUAGCACCCAAGGUUUAAGGUCUUCCGCAGCCACAUUCAGCCCGCCUAUCGGUCCGAUGCCAAAAGGCACCCAGGAAUUUAUGCAAGCACUCACUCAACCGGCCGACACGACCAUUGGUAUUCCCGCUCUCCAGUCUUCGCAGGAUCUGAAAGAUGCCUGUCAAAUGGUCUAUCAGCACUUUCUGGAACGACACCAGAUCGAUCGUAUUGUGCAAGCGCUGUAUCUCCAACCAGAUGGGGUUACCAGACUCUCGAGGAAACAGUUUGUCACUCUCGAAGAGGCUGCUCGAAUUACCUUCAUGGGAAGGGAUCAUGCGUCAUGCGACCUGACCAUUAAGUAUGCUAUUCCAUCGCUGAUCAUCAACCGAUACAUUGCCCAUUGUCAUCUGAACGCCUAUAAAAAAAUAACGGAAACAACGAUAGCAAGCAAGAGGCGCGUCGUGUUCCCACGGCCAGCUGAAAUGCCGGCGGUCAUCAAGAAGACCCGCGAGUCUUCAUAUGAUCUCUUGCUACUCUAUCUUCUCCUCACAGAACCCCUCCUGCGCUUCCGAAUCUGCCUGCUUGCACAUCUUCUCGAGGCUGGGUUCGGGAUCAUGAACGGCCAGGCCUUUGGCGAGCACCCGCGUCCGCUCUUGGGAGAUGAGAGAAAUUUCGUCCUAGAGAAACUGCGGGAUGUGUUUAUUGAUCUGUUUGAACAGCCCAUCGCCCAGGCCAGUCUGAGACGGUUCUUGACGGUCGUAUACGAGUGGACCAUGGAUGGGAUGCGCAUGAAGCCCGAGGAGCUCGAGGAGACCGAACCAGACCUGCCAGAGAUCAUCAAGGAGUUCUUUCCUGGACAUGCAGCCAUUGUCCAAGAGUACCGCAACCUGUUGCAGACCGGCCGAAAUGAUCCUGCCGUCAAGUCCGGGACCUAUUUGUUGUUCAAAUUUGUGAUGCUAUCGCUCAAACAGUACAACUUUGCGUCGGCGUCCGAUUGGGUGGAUGAGGGACAUGAAGUGCUCGAGAACCUGCAGAAGACUCUGUAUAAUACUAACUACCGCGGACCGACCCAGCGCUUGAUCCGGAAUAUUGUUUGCACAACCUAUCAGCUCUGGGAGGGUGGGAGGACAACGGAUAUGAGUUUUGUAAUCGAGAAGUGUUUGGCGACUGUGAUCAAAAAGCUGCUUCGCGCGUCCGGGACUGAGGGAGACCAGGAUGCGGGAUCCGGAGUAGGUGGAUGGGAUGUGAUGGAGGACUUUGAACAGUUUGUGCAGGCGAUCAGCAACGACGCGACGCCCAUCCCCUUGCCGAGUAUCGUUUGGACGCGUGGCGACUCGAAGAUCUGUCUGGGUGCGAUGGAGGUUCAUUUGCCGAACUUGGUCCCAGGUGGCAUCCAACUGCAGACGUCUACGGGGUUUGAUAGAAGUAACAGGCCCUGUCGGCAGUGGGAUCUCAAAGUCAAAGGAGUCGAGGCCGUCGUCAACAACGUUCCAUAUUUCUACGUCGCUGAGUCCCGCUUGCGCGGCCGCUUUGUCGACGUUGGCGAGAUCAGCCUCAGGGUCCCACCUAACAGUCUGGACCUCGACAUCAGGUUUACGGUAACGGUCCCCGAGAUCCGUCGCGGCGCCACCACGGCCCUCCGUCGCGCUCAAGAACAGCCUGGUAAGACCCAUCCCAUCGUCACCGCCGCCUACGCUGCGCUCUCGCCUCAAGCAUCCUCCGCUCCCGACGCCAUAAUCACAGACUUAGCCCACACACGUCGACAGAGCAGCGGCGGAUCUCCCUUCCGCGUCUCCGCUGCACAGGACCAGACAACUGGAAGACGCCACUCGGAACCUGCUUACAGGGCUAUGGAGAUGGGACGAUCCCUAGCCAGAACCGGCGCCCAAGUCGGCGAACAUGUUAGAGACGUGGUCCGAGAGGACGCUAGCACCGCCUUUAGGGUCAUCCGCUCGGUUCUUUACCCGAACCAGCCACGCCACCGUUCCUUGCGGAGUCUCGAAGAACCCUACGAAAGCCUGCACCGCGUUGAGCAGAUGUUCUCGAACCGGGUCGCCUCAGGCGACCGCAUUACCUGGGGUCGCGCACGCCGUCGCGGCAUCUCCUUCGAAUCCCGAACUGCGGCCGUGCGGGACUACUAUCGUGACCCCAUCGAGACUUCCAGCACGCCGGGUCACCCUCUAGAAGAAGACCAAGAUCGAUCUAGGACUACUAUCCCCGGCCUUUCCGACGACACCCGCUCAACGGGCCACGACCGUGAGCUCAAUCGAAAGAGAUUCCUGGACGUGAAGGAGUGCAAGGUCCGUGUUCGGAAACUCGACAUCCAGGUGCUAUCGACAAAGCACCCUGUGAUGCACACGUUGAUGCACGCACUUUUGGUUCAGAGGGUUCGGAAGGGUCUAGAGCAGGCAAUAUGCCAUGCACUUGCAGAUGUGGUGGAUACGAUCAAUGCCGGGGUAGAUAAUAUGAUGGCCUUUUCGAGGGAGGAGCUCGCGAGUCGACAUAAGGACAGGAAUCUGCGGAUGAGCCCCUCUGGUGGUGUGAGAGCGACAGUCCAGCAGCAGCAGCAGCAGGCUCGAGGUUAG